AUGAACUCUGCAAUUCUGCAAGGCUCCAUCAUGGCAACAUCUCACGGGAUAAGCCGUUUGAAUAGGCAUAGGAAUGUUCGAGCUUUCAAUAUUCCACCAACUGAUAAACUAGGCUAUAGAACUCGUGUUCGGAAACGAUCAGGGCAACAUGAAUCAGAAAAAGUUGCAGACGAAGAGAAUCAUUUGCUCUUUACGGAAGUUAACUCAUGUUCUGAUGAUGCAAUGCCAAGCAUCCAAAAAGGACUCAUUGUUGACUCAGCAGUUUCUUCUUCAUCCUUUCUUCGUUUAAAUGUUGGUGGCGCAUGUUUCAUGCUUAAACGGGAAACUGUCCAAAAGAGAGGAGUAGGAAGAUUGCUAUUUUUGGUGAAUGCGAAAGAUGCUUCAUUAGCAGAAUUUGAUGCUUAUCUUGAGCAAAGCCGAGAGUAUUACUUCGAAAGACCUCCUGCUCUUUUUCAUAUCAUUUACCAAUUUUAUUUAACAGGACAAAUUCAUCAGCCGUCACAUUUGUGUCCAAAUGAUAUUUUGGACGAACUGGAUUAUUGGGGAAUCGUUCCUGAUGAUUAUUUAGCCCCUUGUUGUUGUGUUGAUGAAAAGGGAGAUGAUAGCUCAUCGAUUGCGUCGGAGGAAAAGCCGAAUCUGUUCAAAAGCUUAUAUUUGGGUGAAUUGAGACGGAAAAUUUGGAAUGUCAUGGAAGAACCGGCCAGCUCAAUACUUGCUCAAAUAUUUGCUACAUUAUCGGUUCUGUUCGUGUUGAUAUCCAUAUCUGGCUUAGUACUAGGCUCUCUGCCUGAACUCCAAAUUCCAAUAGUGAAAAAUGUGACGGAAGGCCAAAUUGUGGAUAUGGAACCGUUGCCUAUAAUUGGUUAUGUGGAAUAUGUGUGCAUAGUUUGGUUCACUCUGGAAUAUGCCAUCAAGAUGGUUGUCACAGCUGAACGAAGGAAAACUUUCUUCCAACUGCUCAACAUCAUAGAUCUGAUGGCCAUUUUACCGUUUGUAAUCGAAAUGCUACUACUUGUAGCUGGAGUUAGUACUGAUCAACUUCGAGAUUUAAAGGGCGCUUUUCUUGUGAUUCGAAUAUUACGGGUUCUUCGAGUGAUUCGAGUGCUGAAAUUAGGUCGCUACAGCAGUGGCUUGCAAAUGUUUGGAAAAACAUUGAAGGCAUCUUUCCGACAAUUGGGUAUGAUGGCUAUGGUAGUACUAACAGGGGUGAUAUUCUUCUCUACGCUUGUAUAUUUCCUGGAGAAAGACGAACCGAAUUCUGGUUUCUCAUCCAUUCCAGCUGCUUGUUGGUGGCUAUGGAGACUUGACCCCAGUUACACUGGCAAACUAGUGGCGACUGGAGCAAUCGCUUGUGGAGUUCUUGUUUUAGCACUCCCCAUUACCAUCAUAGUCGACAACUUCAUGAAAGUAGCCGAAGGAGAAAGAGACCAGCCUAGUGGAGUAGCAUCUCGAUUCGGCUCUCGUCCACAGCCUGCAAGUAUGCCUAUCACGGACAUGGGUGUCACACGACAGGUCAGCAUGAAAAAGCCGCUGACGCAAGAUACCAUUUGCUGA